AACAGGAAACGAAGACUUGUCACAUCCGGUGCCGCCUUUGGCGCCUGCGCCCUGUGCCAGGGAGGCCGGUGACGUCCGGUGAAAUCCAAGAUGGUGGCAUUAGGCUGACCCUGCUGUUGCGGAAGUGUCUCCUCCGCCCGCCUGACGCUCCUUAGGGGACCUUGCGCCGCUCCUCGCCGUCGCAGCUAUGUCCGGGCCCGGCAACAAACGCGCUGCCGGCGACGGGGGCUUAGGGCCCCCUGAAAAGAAGCUGAGCCGCGAAGAGAAGACCACAACCACUCUAAUAGAGCCCAUUCGUCUUGGGGGCAUCUCUUCCACGGAGGAGAUGGACUUGAAGGUACUGCAGUUUAAGAACAAGAAACUGGCAGAGCGGUUGGAACAGCGACAAGCUUGUGAAGAUGAACUCCGAGAACGAAUCGAAAAGUUGGAGAAGCGGCAGGCCACAGAUGAUGCCACACUCCUCAUUGUCAAUCGCUACUGGGCCCAGCUGGAUGAAACUGUGGAAGCUCUUCUCCGAUGCCAUGAGAAUCAGGGGGAGCUGUCUGCAGGCACAGAGGCACCUGGGACCCAGGAGGUGCCAGGGCGUGAUGUGAUCCCUCUCACAGACCCAGGGACAUCAGAGCUGAGAGAAGCCCUGCCAGUACAGAUGCGACCCCCUCUCAGUGAACCAGCCUUGGCUUUCGUGGUGGCACUGGGUGCCAGCAGCAAUGAAGAAGUGGAGCUGCAGCUGCAGGGACGGAUGGAGUUCUCCAAGGCAGCCGUGUCACGGGUGGUAGAAGCCUCAGACCGCUUACAGCGCCGGGUAGAGGAACUCUGUCAGCGAGUAUACAGUCGAGGGGACAAUGAACCCCCCGGUGAGGUGGCUCGGGCACGCACCCGGGAGCUGGGCCGUGAGAACCGGCGGCUGCAGGACUUGGCUACUCAGCUGCAGGAGAAGCACCACCGCAUCUCAUUGGAGUACUCUGAGCUCCAGGAUAAAGUGACAUCAGCAGAGACUAAGGUGCUAGAGAUGGAGACAACGGUGGAGGACCUGAAGUGGGACAUUGAGAAACUGCGCAAACGAGAACAAAAACUCAAUAAGCACCUGGCAGAAGCCUUGGAGCAGCUCAACUCCGGCUACUAUGUGUCUGGGAGCUCUUCAGGCUUCCAGGGGGGCCAGAUCACACUCAGCAUGCAGAAGUUUGAGAUGUUGAAUGCAGAGUUGGAAGAAAACCAGGAAUUGGCCAAUAGCCGCAUGGCAGAGCUGGAGAAGCUGCAGGCUGAGCUUCAGGGGGCUGUGCGGACCAAUGAACGCCUUAAGGUGGCCCUGCGGAGUCUUCCUGAGGAGGUGGUACGUGAGACAGGGGAGUACCGAAUGCUGCAGGCCCAGUUCUCACUGCUCUACAAUGAAUCUCUGCAAGUAAAGACCCAGCUGGAUGAGGCCCGGGGGCUGCUUCUAGCCACCAAGAACUCCCACUUGAGACACAUUGAGCACAUGGAGAGUGAUGAGCUAGGACUGCAGAAAAAGCUGCGUACAGAGGUGAUCCAGUUGGAAGACACACUGGCCCAGGUACGCAAGGAAUAUGAGAUGCUGCGCAUCGAGUUUGAACAGAAUCUGGCAGCCAAUGAGCAGGCAGGGCCCAUCAACCGUGAGAUGCGUCACCUGAUUAGCAGCCUCCAGAAUCAUAACCACCAACUCAAAGGGGAUGCUCAGCGAUAUAAGCGGAAGCUUAGAGAAGUACAGGCUGAGAUUGGCAAACUCCGGGCCCAAGCCAGUGGCUCUACCCACUCCAUAUCCAACCUGGGCCACCCAGAGGACACUGGCCUCAGUGCCCCAGCUCCAGGGAAAGAAGAGGGUGGACCAGGCUCUGUCAGUACCCCUGACAGCAGAAAGGAGAUGGCUUCAGUGCCUGGUGCCACAACUACUACCUCCUCAGUGAAGAAAGAGGAGCUGGUCCCCUCUGAAGAGGAUGUCCAAGCCCUAACUCCUGGAACCCAGGGCCCCUCUUCCCGGGGCCGGGAACCUGAAGCCAAGCCCAAACGGGAACUUCGGGAAAGAGAAGGGCCUGGCUUGGGACCCCAAUCUGUGACCUCAGCUCUCUCAAGGGCUGAUCGAGAGAAGGCCAAGGUGGAGGAAGCCAAGAGGAAGGAGUCAGAACUGCUCAAAAGUCUCCGAGCAGAGCUCAAGAAGGCCCAGGAGAGCCAGAAGGAGAUGAAGUUGCUGCUGGACAUGUAUAAGUCAGCACCCAAGGAGCAGCGGGAUAAGGUGCAGCUCAUGGCAGCUGAACGCAAGGCCAAGGCUGAGGUCGAUGAGCUACGGAGCCGCAUCCGGGAACUGGAGGAGAGGGAUCGAAGGGAGAGCAAGAAGAUUGCAGAUGAGGAUGCCCUGCGGCGUAUCCGGCAGGCAGAAGAGCAGAUUGAACACCUGCAGCGCAAGUUGGGUGCCACCAAGCAGGAAGAGGAGGCUCUUCUGUCAGAGAUGGAUGUGACGGGGCAGGCUUUUGAGGACAUGCAGGAGCAGAAUGGGCGGCUACUCCAGCAGCUGCGGGAAAAGGAUGAUGCCAACUUUAAGCUGAUGUCAGAGCGGAUCAAGGCCAACCAGAUUCACAAAUUGCUACGGGAAGAAAAGGACGAAUUGGGCGAGCAGGUUCUUGGCCUCAAGUCCCAGGUGGAUGCCCAGCUGCUGACCGUGCAGAAGCUGGAGGAAAAGGAGCGGGCCUUGCAGGGCAGCCUUGGUGGUGUGGAGAAGGAGCUGACACUGCGCAGCCAGGCCCUGGAGCUCAACAAGAGGAAGGCUGUGGAAGCAGCCCAGCUGGCUGAAGAUCUAAAGGUGCAGUUGGAGCAUGUGCAGACUCGGCUCCGGGAGAUCCAGCCCUGCCUGGCAGAGAGCCGGGCUGCCCGGGAGAAAGAGAGCUUCAACCUCAAAAGGGCUCAGGAGGACAUCUCGCGGUUGCGGCGCAAACUGGAGAAGCAGAAGAAAGUGGAGGUUUAUGCAGAUGCUGACGAAAUCCUGCAGGAGGAGAUCAAGGAGUAUAAGGCACGGUUGACUUGCCCCUGCUGUAAUACCCGCAAGAAGGAUGCGGUCCUUACGAAGUGCUUCCAUGUGUUCUGCUUUGAGUGUGUGCGGGGCCGCUAUGAGGCCCGCCAGAGGAAGUGCCCUAAGUGCAACGCAGCCUUCGGUGCCCACGACUUCCAUCGUGUCUACAUCAGCUGAACCUGAAACUCAGGGGACUUUGGAACAUGCAUGGACCCAGGGGACUAUGUCCCAGCCCCUUCUCACUCCAGGUGCCGUGGCUCCACCUCCAUUCCAGAAACCGUGGGCCUAUCCCUGCCCUCCUACUUGGUUUCGGGGCACUGGUGCAUGCUACAGGGAGUGGGAUGAGCCAGGCUCAGUUCCAUCUUUUCUUCAAGGUCAGAGCUGCAGCCUAGGGGACUCUCCCAUGGGACCCAGAGCACUCAGCUUAGCUUCCUAAGAAGCUGAUCCUAACCCAGCUCCCACUGUCUCCACAGACCUAUCCUACCCCCUAAGGGGGGAUUCCUCACCCACAAGGAGGGCUCCCUACCUGCCUACACACCUACAGUGAGGACCAGGGAUGGGCCAGGACCUCAGCCUCUUUCCUGGGCCCCCGGAAGACUUUAUAAACCCACUUUCCCCCAGGCCUGGGCAAGACCCUGUAGAGUUCCCUAGACACUGGACUAUUGUGCUAAGAGCUGAAAGAGCUACUCCCUGGGAAAACUACCCUCUUCCUCUAGGAAGCUCUGCAGUUGCUUGUGGUUACUACCUUCCUCUUGAGAGUGCUGAACCAUGAUCAUCAAGUUUCUCUUCUGAUCAGUCCCACCCAACCUCUACUUCUCUUCCAAGCCUACCUAAUCCCAUCCAGUGUAUCCCAAGGUUCCGGCCCUAACCCUGCUUUCAUCCUGGUGGCCUUAACUGCAGUGCAGGUGAAACUUUCCAGGAGGAGAAGGGACAGACCAGCCCUAGUCGCUGGGCCAACUUCCAAUCAUUCCAGGUAGAAGAGCUUUGCCUAGCACCCUGUGACUGAGACUGACAUCCUGGAUGCUUCAAUGUUCCUGCCCAUGGGCUGUGAAGGCAGCACCGAGAGGGGCUGACAAAAGGAGCUGAUAGUUGCAGUGACCCAUUUGGACUCUCAGCCUCUGCUCUAGAGAUGUCUUGUAUAGGCUGUUAAUUGUUAAGAAUAAACAUCCAGCCCUCUGCCUACAGAAUAGCCAGACCUUUUCCUAACAACCCCAGUUCUUAGCUGCUACACCUGGCCAGCACUUUCUGGGACUGGGAAGGGAGGUGCUGUGCAUGUAUGAAAGCCCAACAGCUUCCCAAACUUAGCUCCCCAGCAGCUAAGUUUCAUGCUUAGGUCUCAAAGUGCUCAGGUCCCCAGCUGGGCCAGCAGGGGAAACACAUGUGCAGAGAAGCAUCUUCCCUCCGCACGCGGAGGGGUGUGUCCCUAGGGCCGGGUUGGUCACGCCUCCGUACAGUCAUUGGCCAUUGGGAUUCUGGGAAGCCUCGCGCAGCAUUCCGGGAAAUGUGGUCCCUUAUUCGCACCUGGUGAGAAGGGCGCGGGGUGAACCCAUUGCAGGAGCUCCUCCCUUACCGUGGGCCGCCGCUCCACGGCUUUAUCCGCCCUACCCUACGGAAACAGCGGUACACCUCAGCGGGGUGACGUCCUUCAUUGAACCUGUGUAGCCCAGGUCCUCCAAAGCCAUACGCCAUGUACUGAGAGGAGCCUCCGGACUCAGUGCGCGGUCGGCUCUGCGGGCGGAGCUUUCGCGCGAGCUGUGCUGGGACUGGCGCCAGGACCAACGCUGAGGGGUGUCGGGGUGGGUCUCGGAGCAACGGUCACGGCCAUGGCAGCGGUCUCUAGUUUGUCAACAGUCGCGUCCUUGCAGGGCCCUGUAUCCUUGUCGGUGGUUGUGCCUUCUCGGGGAUUCGCGGCCUAAUCCGCUUUCGGAAUCCAUUUGCCACCCGGGAUUUCAACAGGGCUGCAGCAGAUGGGCCAUGUCGGACUAGAGAUGGAGAUGCGGGCCACAGUGACCUCGGGCGCCGGGCGGGAGGCGAUGGGGACGCUCGCGGAGGCACGGGCUGCACGGGGGAUGACAUCUAGCGAGCAAGCAAGUGUCCGUGGCUGGAGCUCUGCGCUGGCAAGGGUGGGAAAAACUCAGGGUAUUGCAUCAUAGAGACACGGUCAUCUGCACCCUGGAGAGGACUGGUGUCUGAGAGGAGCCCUGUGCGCUGGACGAGCGGAGGUCAGCCAAGCCUCUGCAAGCACCAUCCUCUAAGGAGCCGCCUCUGCAUGGGCUCCUUAAGUGAAUUCAAGUAACUCCCUACGUAUCUUCCCUAGAGCCAAUCUUCACAUGGGUGGGAGGGGCUAAAAACUCAGUAAGGAUCCCCACAGCUAAUAGAAAGGUAGGU